CAUGCGUAUCUAUAGUUCCCUCUUUUUAUGCGCGCGUUUGUUUGUGAGUAUCCGUGUGCCCGUGUAUUUGUGUGAGUGCAACCGCAGUGUUUAGUGUAGAGAAAUAUAGAUAGCCGCAUGCGUUUACAGAUGCCGGUUCUAGCUUCACUGUUAAAGCAGGUUUCAAUUUAAUUAAUUGAUUUUUCUUUGUCUUUUUUUGGUUGCCUUUUCUUUUUUCUUUUUUUUUGAGGGAAACUAUGACACGGAGAUUUAGUAUGUCUCGUGAGCAAGUGGAAAUAUGACACUAAGCGUGUUUCAGUGGUAAAUAGUUCGUUCCUACGAGAUAAAAUGUUUCUAUACUAAUUUCUGCUGGCUACAACGAAAAACAGAUAACUAAUGAUAACAAUCAAAUUUUUAAAACACAGCAAAACGUGGAAUCAAGCGCGUUUAUCAUUUGAUACUAUUUAGUAAUUGAAUCUCUAGCUUUUUUGCUAAAACUAAAUGAAAGUUCAUAAAAUGUCAACGAAAACAACAUGCUAUAGUUGUCUUACUAUCUUCGGCAUCCUUCUAAGUUUGGCAAAAUUGGAUCAUGCCGUCCAAACAGUGUAUAUGGCUGUAAUUAUUCCCAGUGAUAAUAGUAGACUCUAUUCUUUGGAUCGCACCCAGCCAGCAAUAACAGUGGCACUAGAAAAAGUCAGACGCACCAUCUUAACAUCGGAUGUUGAGAUCGUGGCUUUGUACGCAGAUUCUCGUUGCAGUAGCCAGCUUGGACCCAUCAGAGCUUUCGAUUUCUACAGUAACAAAACAGUGAAUGUAUUUUUCGGCCCUGUUUGCGACUACAGCCUUGCACCGGUGGCACGUUAUGCAGUGUACUGGAAUCUACCCGUCGUCACCCCGGGGGCAAUGGCGCACGAUUUUGCGGCAAAAACUGAACCAAAGGAUGAAUAUAAAACGCUUACUCGGAUGGGAAUUACAUUUGACACAUUGGGAUUUUACUUUUUACAGAUCCUUAAGGGCCAGAAAUGGGAACGGGCCAAACUCAUCAGCCAACAUAAAGGAUAUAACAGUAUUUCACCCAAUUUUUGUUAUUUGGCUUCCAGUGCAAUUGCUAAACAUAUGACAGCGAAAAGAUUUAGAUACGAGGAGCAUAUCUGGCUAGAAAAUAAUCAAGAUGCCAAACUUGUCUUAAUGGAAAGCAUCGGGCUGCGCCAUGCAGUCGUUGUACUUUGUGCCAACCCAGAUUCUGUGCGGGACAUUAUGAUACAAGCUGAGGAAUUGAAUUUCAACAACGGGGAAUAUGUCUUCCUAAAUAUUGAUUUAUUUAGCAGUAAAAACGCCAGUAUGUACCCAUGGUACCGUGCUAACGACACAGCCGAAAGCAACGAAAAGGCGCGAAAAGCAUACGAAAGUCUGAUGACUGUCUCUCUGAGAAAACCCACCAGCCCUGAGUACGAGAACUUCUCAAGAGAAGUAAUUAGCAGAGCCAAAAGUGAGAGUCAGAAUUUUACAUACGGUGAAGAUGAGGUAAACAGUUUCGUGGGAGCUUUUCAUGAUGCUGUUAUACUAUAUGCGUUAGCAAUAAAUGAGACACUGGCUGCGAAUGAAAGUAUAUCGAAUGGGACGGCAAUUACACGACGAAUGUGGAACCGAACUUUCGAAGGUAUCACUGGCACAGUGAGUAUUGAUGAAAAUGGCGAUAGGAGUGCCGACUACUCCUUGCUGGAUAUGGACCCUCUAACUGGAAAGUUUGAGGUUGUCGCUAAUUAUUUCGGCAAUAAGAAACAAUAUGUACCUGUGCCAAACAGAACCAUACACUGGGCAGGUGGAAGAAAAUCCCCUCCUCCAGACACACCUACAUGCGGAUAUAAUAAAUCGAAAUGCCCACCUGACGAACCUUUUCCAGAAUACGGUAUCGUUGUAAUUGUGUUGGGCGUUCUACUAAUCAUCGUUAUGCUAACUGCGUUCUUUAUCUACAGACGAAUUAGUCUUGAAGCGGAGCUUGAUGAAAAAAACUGGCGCGUUCGAUGGGAAGACAUCAUGUACGGUCCACUUGAUCGACAUAAACGGGACCCAAUGGGCAGUCGACAAAGUAUUGCAAGACGCCAAUCAAUGACAAGUGCACCUUCUGUCGAUACAUUGGCAUUAGAUACUCACCAAGUCUUCACACGUACCGGUUAUUACAAGGGAUCAAUUGUGGCUUUGAAAAGAAUAAACAAAACUAGUAUCACAAUAAACAGACAACUGAAAAUGGACAUUAAGAGGAUUAAGGAUGCCAUCAACGAUCAUAUUGUACGUUUUGUUGGAGUUUGCUUAGAUUUACCAAACCAAUCAAUUCUUACUGAAUACUGUCCGAAGGGUAGUUUACAAGACAUCCUGGAGAACGAUGAAAUAAAACUCGACUGGAUGUUUAGAUAUUCUUUGAUGCAAGAUAUCGUUAGGGGCUUAGCCUAUCUUCACGGCAGUGAAAUAAAAAGUCAUGGAAACUUGAAGAGUUCAAAUUGUGUUGUGGACAGUCGGUUUGUUUUAAAGAUUACAGAUUUUGGUUUACAUUCUCUGAGAGGGAACCCUGAUCUGGAAGAAGAAAAUACAUUUGCUUACUAUCACCGUAAGCUCUGGACUUCGCCCGAAUUGCUUCGUCUCCAUAAUCCGCCGGAAGGAGGAUCACAGAAAAGUGAUGUGUACAGCUUCUCUAUUAUGUGUCAGGAGAUAAUCUAUCGGAACGGAGUCUUCUAUCUCAAUGGCGUGGAUUUAAGCGCUCAAGAAAUUUACCAAAAAGUAAAAGAUGGAUUGAAACCAGCAUUCCGACCAACAUUGGACUAUUCCGAAUGUCCAUCUGAGGAUCUUGUCAACUUGAUAAAGAAAUGCUGGUCCGAAGAUCCAAAUGAUAGACCAGAUAUGCAGAGCAUGAAACAACAAAUCAAGAAAAUGAACAAAGACGGGGACAAAGGAAACCUUUUGGAUAACCUUUUGUCCCGUAUGGAACAAUAUGCCAACAAUUUAGAGGCAUUGGUGGAAGAGCGAACUGGGGACUUUCUUGAACAGAAGAAACGAGCAGAAGACCUUCUUUACAGCAUGUUACCAAAGUCUGUUGCCGGGGCAUUAAUUCGGGGUGAAACUGUUCAAGCCGAAGAAUUUGAAAGCGUAACCCUUUUCUUCAGUGACAUUUGCGGUUUUACUGCAAUGUCUGCAGAAAGUACUCCCCAUCAAGUUGUGGCUCUCCUAAAUGAUUUAUACACAAUGUUUGAUUCAACAAUUGAACAGUUUGAUGUCUAUAAGGUUGAAACGAUAGGCGAUGCCUAUAUGGUUGCCUCUGGACUUCCAGUGAGGAAUGGCAAUCUUCAUGCCAGAGAAAUAGCAAGAAUGUCAUUAGCAUUACUUAGAAGUGUGCUCUCAUUUAAAAUUCGACAUCGACCAAAUGAUCAGUUAAAACUUCGAAUUGGAUUACAUACUGGACCUGUGUGCAGUGGUGUUGUUGGCUUAAAAAUGCCACGCUAUUGUUUAUUUGGAGACACAGUGAAUACUUGCUCAAGGAUGGAAUCAAAUGGACUUCCUUUGAAAAUUCAUGUGAGUCCGCAUACAAAAUCUGUUUUAGACAUAUUUGGAACUUUUGAUUUAGAAUUGCGUGGAGCUGUUGAAAUGAAGGGUAAAGGAAGUGUAACCACAUAUUGGUUAAGGGGAGAGAUUCAGCCAGAUGGCACCAAAACAGAAGCCAUUCCAUCACAACCAACGAUAACAGAGGCUUAACCUAAAUGAAGAUUAUUAUUAUUAUUAUUAUCAUUAUUAUUAUUAUUGUUACUAUUAUCAAUAUUAUUACUAUUAUUAUAGAUUACACCACCAAGCACCAAUGUUCAUGUUUAAAGUUUUAAUUUUGUCAUGUGCAAGUGUUAGUGUGUGUGUAACAGUGUGUGUAUGUAUGUGUAUAUAUAUAUAUAUAUAUAUAUAUACACACACACAUGUACACACGCACACAUAUAUAUGCAUACAUACAUGCAUACAUCUGUAUGAGUGUGUGUGUGUCCUCUUCCAUCCUUUGACGAACUAUAUAUAUAUAUAUACAUAUAUAUUGUAUGAAUGAGGCUAACUGCAUUCUUCACUGUAGGUAGUGAAGCAUAACAUGGUACAUACAUACACACACACAUAUAUAUAUAUAUCUAUAUAUAUAUAUAUAUAUAUAU